AUGGCCGACAACGUCUCCGCUGCGACCGCUACCACCCUCCCCCCUCCUCCCCAAUCUUCCACUGUUGCCUCCAACCAGCAGUACGAUGCGUCUCAGGGCAACGGUCAAGCCAAUCCUUCCCACAUGCCACCACCUCCCCGCCCGCCCGUGGUAAUCCCUCAAAACACCAAUCCGAUCCCGACCGCUAUCACAUCGCCGAUGUCUGGCAAUAUGAUGUCUCCGACCAGCGCUGGUGGCUUUGUGCGUCGGGCAGCCCCUGAGCCAAACAAGAGGGCCCUUUAUGUCGGUGGCCUUGAUCCUCGAGUGACUGAGGAUAUCUUGAAACAAAUCUUUGAGACUACCGGUCAUGUUGUUAGCGUCAAGAUCAUCCCCGACAAGAACAAGUUCAACAGCAAGGGUAACAACUACGGCUUUGUCGAGUUUGAUGACCCCGGUGCUGCUGAGAGAGCUAUGCAGACACUCAACGGGCGCCGUAUCCAUCAGUCGGAGAUUCGUGUCAACUGGGCCUACCAAUCCAACACUACGAACAAGGAGGACACCUCGGGCCAUUUUCACGUCUUCGUUGGUGAUCUGAGCAAUGAAGUCAACGACGAGGUGCUGAUGCAGGCCUUCUCUGCCUUCGGCUCCGUGUCGGAGGCUCGCGUCAUGUGGGAUAUGAAAACUGGUCGCUCCCGAGGCUAUGGGUUUGUUGCAUUCCGUGACCGCUCCGAUGCCGACAAGGCUUUGAACUCCAUGGAUGGAGAAUGGCUGGGCUCUCGUGCGAUCCGUUGCAACUGGGCCAACCAGAAGGGCCAACCUUCGAUCUCUCAGCAGCAGGCCAUGGCCGCAAUGGGCAUGACGCCUGCUACGCAAUAUGGCCACCACAACUUUCCUACGCACGGCAUUCAGAGCUACGACAUGGUCGUCUCACAGACCCCGCAGUGGCAGACCACGUGCUACGUGGGCAACUUGACCCCUUACACCACGCAGAAUGACCUGGUGCCACUCUUCCAGAACUUCGGCUACGUGCUCGAGACUCGUCUGCAGGCGGACCGUGGAUUUGCAUUCAUCAAGAUGGACUCGCAUGAAAAUGCUGCCAUGGCUAUCUGUCAACUCAAUGGUUACAACGUCAACGGACGCCCUCUGAAGUGCAGCUGGGGCAAGGAUCGUCCCCCUACUGGCCAAUUCGACAACUUCUCUGGCCAGCAGGCCAGCUCACCUUUCAACUCUAGUCCCACUCCGUACUUUCCUCAGUACGGCGGUCCUGGGGGACCCAUGACCCCUCAAGGCCCCAACCCAGCCGGUAGAGGAUGGGACCAAUCCGGAAUGGGUGCUCAAGGCUAUGGCCAAGUUCCUGGUAACGCAGGAUACGGCCGCGGCCAAGGUGCCCCAGCCUCUGGGUGGAACCAGCCAAACAACGCCAAUUUUGGCAAUGGCUUCGCAUUAGUUGUUCCUGCGCCAAUGGAAGAUGCAGGCAAUCGCAGCGGUGCGGCACUCUCGCUGGACGACAAUGAUCGGCUCGCAGGGCGCAUGCGCUCGGGAAGCGCAAGCAGCGGCCACAAGCGCAACACCUCCGGCUCCUUACUGUCCCGAUUAUCCUUCCUGCGAAUGAUCCAGGCGACUCAGAACACGGCCGAGCGAAGCCAUUCGGGCCUCGAGCGCGAUGACGGCGACGAACUCAGCUCCGGCUUACGGGGCGGGCGGGCCAUGUCCAAUGCAAUCCAGCAGCAUCGGCGGACGCGUCGGAGACGGGGCUCGCUACGCAAGACGGCUCUCCUGGGCACCCGACUCGACUACCGAGACAAGAAGACCGCAAGGGUCCCGGCCGAUGUCCUGCGAGGGGACGGCAGUGGGAGCGAACCCCGACCGGGACCGACCCCCUUACCCGCCUCCCCCUCCUCCUCUUCCACAAACCCCCGAAUGCGAUAUCUAGCCGACUCUGUGUCGCGCACCGACGAUGAAAACACGCCGCUCAGGACCCUCGGCUCCCAACACGGAGAUGAGACGGAUACUGCAUGGACGCUGAUGGAUGCACCGCAACGCGCCCGGGCGGCCGGGCCGGCGGCGGCGUCGACGACGACGCAUCGCAUGUCCAUCCCGGCGAAAAACAACCUCCUUGGGGUCGGCGAUGAGAUGAUGACGACUGACGACGAAGAAAUCAUCUCCUUCCCGCGCGCCAGCAGCACUAGUCCCGCAUUGCAUUCGUCCUCCGCCACCAGCGGCGCGACGGGCCUGCGCCUGCCCUCUGCCUCGUCGCCCUCCGAUACCUACUACGCUCUGCAGACGGACCCGACGUACCGGGCUCUGCACCGGGCCAAGUCGCCGCUGGCCACGCACGCGGUGGAUAUGGCUGCCAGCUCGCAGCUGGUGUGGGACUACUCGGAGACCGAGUGGUGGGGGUGGAUCAUCCUGAUUGUGACGUGGCUGGUGUUCGUCGUGGGGAUGGGGAGCUGCUUCGGGGUCUGGAGCUGGGCGUGGGAUGUUGGGGAGACGCCGUAUGCGCCGCCGGAGCUGGAGGAUGAUCCCACCCUGCCGAUCGUCGGGUAUUAUCCGGCUUUGAUCAUCCUGACCGCGGUCAUGUCGUGGGUGUGGGUGGUUGUCGCCUGGGUGGGGAUGAAGUACUUCAAGCAUGCGAACAUCUCCGGGGAGGACGUCUGA